CGGCUCCGUGGCGUUGCGCGCGCCGCUUCCUGGAGGCGCGAUGGGACACUGAAGGGAGCCGCCUCCGCCGCGGACGGAUGGGAACUUCUCCCUCUCUGUCUCUCUGUGUGUCUCUUUCUCUCUCUGCCUCACGCCUACCUUCCCUCCUUUCCUUCGCUCUCUUUCUCUCUCCAGCCUUGGAAGCCCCUUGGAAUCCCGGCGACGCCACUCAGGAAGGAGGCAGGAAAGUCGGACCUUGGACUUUAAUCUAGAACAGAAAUGGGGAAACAGAACAGUAAAUUGAGACCUGAAGUUCUCCAGGAUCUCCGAGAGAAUACUGAAUUCACAGACCAUGAGCUUCAAGAGUGGUAUAAAGGCUUCUUAAAAGAUUGCCCAACUGGCCAUUUGACUGUUGACGAAUUCAAAAAGAUAUAUGCUAACUUCUUCCCCUAUGGCGAUGCCUCGAAGUUUGCAGAGCACGUGUUCCGUACCUUCGAUACCAACGGCGAUGGGACGAUUGACUUCCGGGAAUUUAUCAUUGCGCUGAGUGUCACUUCCCGAGGAAAGCUGGAACAGAAGCUGAAAUGGGCGUUUAGCAUGUAUGACCUUGAUGGCAAUGGUUAUAUCAGCCGUGCAGAAAUGCUUGAGAUAGUGCAGGCAAUCUACAAAAUGGUGUCUUCAGUAAUGAAAAUGCCAGAGGAUGAAUCUACUCCAGAGAAACGAACAGACAAAAUAUUCAGACAGAUGGACACAAACAAUGAUGGUAAACUAUCUCUCGAAGAGUUUAUUAAAGGUGCCAAGAGUGAUCCUUCUAUCGUGCGGUUGUUACAAUGCGAUCCAAGCAGCGCAAGUCAGUUCUAAUUAAACUCUGGACAGUUUGCAAAGAAAAUUACUGGCUUGUUCAAGCUUUGCUCGUAAAUGGAUGCCUUCUUAACCAUUCCUCGGUGGUUAGCGGAUGAGACUCCGUUGCCAGAUUGUCUGUGAGUCCAAGUGAAAGCCGGUCUCACUCCUCUCAACACACUGAUGAAAAUCCUCCUCCAUCUUCCACAGUUCCAUCAUUUUUCUGAUUUAUGUCCAUAAUGUUAUUAUUUCCUCACACAUCUAACAUAACUGAAAGGUAUGUUUACAUGCAGGUUAAAGGGGAGUUAUUGCACAUCACUUGAUUAAUAUGAAUGAAUGACUUUCUUCUGUUCCCCUAGAAGACGUAUUGUGCCCAAGACAGAAAUGGCAAAUGAAAGGCAAACUCAUUUGCCUCCCAGAAAAUGACUAUGAAAUGUGGAAUAAAUUUAGUAGAAUUUUUUAAAAGCAUGAGACCAGAUUCCUUUCUGAGAGGAAGAUUGCUUGCACUUAUGUAAUGGUCUUUCCAUUCUAUUAAAUAUAUAAAUAUAUAUAUUAUAUACAUAAACUAUAUAUAUAUGGUGAAGUAAAAUUUUAAUAUUUAGGUCGUAUUUAAUAUAUCAAGUAUAUUAAACUCAUGCUUUAUUUCUUGUAGUUGUCGGUGAUUACCGGUAUUUAGAUCUUUUUUAAAAGAGAAAGAAAGAAUGAACAUAUGUAAGCAUAGCAAACUUGCCAUCAAGGCAUUGCAUGACCAGCUGUUUGUGAAUAUAACACUGUUUUAAUUACCAAUGGCAACACUUUGUUCGUUUUUACUGUCAAUUGAUUGAGUCCUUUUAUUGUGUUAAUGAAAAAGGAAUAAAAUCGUACUUCUGUGCUUCUCGGCGAAGUGCCACGCCUUGUGGUGGCAGCAUUUGACUUGGCUUUUGAGUGAGGUGAGGUGAUUUGACAUGCCCUUGCUAUGGCCCUUCUACUUUGUUGCUGUCCAUCUCUGUUAAUAGUCCUGUGCAUUCCAGUGUUAUUUAAUAACUGCCUAAUGCCAAGAAACGUCAAUUGAAAUAAAGACUCAUUUUCUUGUCA